AUGGACUAUAGCCAAUAUUACAUCGAUCUUGGUUAUAAAGAGUUUCAUAUUCCUUCGUCGCCAGAUGGAGAUUACUCGUUGAAUCUCCACAACGGACACAUGUGGCCGAGAAAACAAUUCUUGAUUGCUGCCUUCCCAAAUUUAGACAAAACAUUCACUUCUACCAUAGUUAUGCCUCGCCGAAUGUAUGAAGAGAUUAAUAAUGAAGACGAUGUUAUAUAUUUCUUCAAUAAACACUUUAAAGACUUGAUCCCAUUGAUCUGUGAGGCAAAUCUCAGAUCAUCGUUUUUCAAACAGGCACCCAAGCCGUUAGUGUCAGUGAAGUGUUCACAUUUCCAUUAUGGAAAAACUACCGUGAUACUCGGUGAUGCUGCACAUGCCAUGACAGUGUUUUCUGGGCAAGGUGUGAAUUGUGGUUUGAAAGACGCAUUGAUUUUCGAUCAAUUAAUGGAAGAAUUUGACUGCAACUUCAAAAAGGUACUUCCAGCUUUUUUUUAA